UUGGUCUGGAAAUUCAGGACCCGGAUUUUGGCCGAAGCAAGGAAGCUCAACUUUCCGGCUUCCCCCGCCAAUUGACACCACCACGUCGUCCAAUUCAUGGUUGCCCGACCAUGAAACGACAGGCGCCUCUGGUUCGACGGCUACGUCCCUCAGCGCCGACGCCGGCUGCGCGGCUGGGCUUUGUCUGCCGGCAAUGCAGGGCGAUCCAGAUUAGCGCAUCCCCCACUACCGACUCGCGGCCCGCCGCCGACGCCUUCGGAGCUUACCCCGGAUCCCCACGAGACUCGGCAGAUGCUCGGUUCGAGGUGUUGGGGUCGCCCUACUCCCUCCUCUCCGUCACUCUCUCGGCAUCGCAGCGGCUCUACACGAGACGAGGCACUCUGGUAUCUGUCGCCGGAAAAGUGGAAAAUGCGCAAUCCACACUCUCCCUCCUGUCUCCCUUCCGACGAGCGCCGCUCGGCAUCCCCUUCCUCUACCAGCGCGUCUCCUCCACGACGCCCAUUACCGCCCUCAUAGCCACCAAGUCCCCCAACACGACCCUCUCGAUCCUCCACCUCGACGGCACGACCGACUGGAUCGUAUCCCAGCGCAACGCCCUCCUCGCCUGGACCGGGCACACCCUGACCCCGUCCCCGCGCGUGCAGCAGGGCUUGUCGCUCGCCCACUGGGGCAGCACCCACCUGACGGGCCGCGGGCUGGCGGCGCUCGCCGCGCCGGGGCAGAUCCACGAGCUCACGCUGGGCGAGGGCGAGGAGAUCGUGCUGCACCCGUCGCACGUCGUCGCGUACCCCGUCACCCGCCACCCGCCACUGCCGUUCCGGUUCCGAAGCACGCGGCUCGGCCUGCAGGUACCCGCCGUGCCGGCGUCCAUCACAAGCGCCGCGGGGCGGCUGGUCCCGGAGCGCGCGGCGCGCUUCUGGAACGCCAUGCGCGACACGGGCACGUUCAAGUCGCUGGCGCGGCUGCUGUACGGGCUGCGCACCGCCGUGAGGCGGACCAUCUGGGGGGACCGGCUGUUCCUACAGUUUAGGGGGCCGAUGACCUUGCUCAUGUCGACCAGGGGGGUGAGGGUCAGGGACGUGCUCAGCAGGGAGGACGUCAACGAGAUUGCGGAUGCCGAGGCCGGCGUGGUGCCGGCUGCGGUUAAGCUCGCGACUAAGCCGAAGGUGCAGGAGGAGAAGCGGCCCGAGCAGAAGGUCGCCAUCCACGUCGCCAGCGUCGCCAAGGAUGGAAAGGUCAGGUUCGAGGACACCAAGGACCUAAACGAGUUUGUGCGGUAAAGACCGGGGGUAAAUCGCCUGACUGUGCUAUUUGUACUCUUCACCCCUUGUAACCAUAUACUCUAGAGCAAUCCAACCACUUGUGGGGGGCCUAUGGAUGCUUU